GACACCACCGCCUCUUCCGCCGCCGCUUCUCGCCCUCAAGAUGGUCCGGAGUCGAUGUCUCGAGGUCGGCCUCCGCGUUACCUUGCUCUUCCACCUCCUCUUCGUUGACGUCAUCAGGGCGGCGUCGCUGGCUGAGAGAGACCGGGGAACAGAUGCCGAGGAGGGCAACGCAGAGCAGCCAGUUGAGGGUCGUUCCGGGUGUACCAGCCCUCGUACUCCAGCAGCUUCGGAGGGGGACGCGGCGCAGUCUACGGAAACCUGGGCAUCACGGGAGGACUCGGAGGACUCGGGCUCGGCAGACUCCGGCUCGGAGGACUCGGAGGCCUGGCGGGACUCGGCGCCCUUGGCCUCGGUGGCCUCGGACUCGGACUCGCCGGUGGCCUGGGGGGUAUCGGGGGACUGGGGGGGCACCACCACGGCCAUCGCUCCCCAGCGUCGUCUCUCCUGGGGGCGCUCGGACUCAAUAGCAAUCUAGGUUUCUCCUAUGCCUUUUGAUCGCACUUGUGUAUGUGAAAAUGAGGGGAAAAAAGUAUACAGAGAAUAGCAAGAUAACCAAGAUACAGAAAACAGCAAGAUAACCAAAGGAAUAAGGGGAACGAAAGAUUAUACGCAUGCCUUGACAGUGGAGUGAAUCUCUGUUGAGCGUUGUGUGUUGUGGACAUAGCACACUGCAGAAUGGAAUCCAAAGAAACUGAACUUCGCGGGAAAGAAAUCAGUGUUAUUCAGCUUCAUUCGUUAUCCCCGUAA